UAUCCCAAGGAGCUUUUACAUAUCUUCACUAUCUCCUGGUCUCUUGGGCAUUCUGCAAUAUCCUGUUCUGCAAAAGAUCAGAAGCCUCACCCUUCACUUGCUAAUUUGACUCCAAGAUUAGAACUGUGAGGUACGAUGUGUGAUGAAGAUGAAACCACUGCUCUUGUAUGUGACAAUGGCUCUGGGCUUUGCAAAGCUGGAUUUGCAGGAGAUGAUGCCCCAAGGGCUGUUUUUCCAUCCAUUGUGGGGCGCCCUCGACACCAGGGUGUUAUGGUAGGAAUGGGCCAAAAAGACAGUUAUGUUGGGGAUGAAGCACAGAGUAAAAGAGGGAUCCUAACACUGAAGUACCCCAUUGAGCAUGGGAUCAUCACUAAUUGGGAUGAUAUGGAAAAGAUUUGGCAUCAUUCUUUCUAUAAUGAACUUCGUGUUGCCCCAGAAGAACACCCUGUACUACUAACGGAGGCCCCCUUAAAUCCCAAGGCUAACCGUGAGAAAAUGACUCAGAUCAUGUUUGAGACAUUUAAUGUACCAGCGAUGUAUGUAGCAAUUCAGGCAGUUCUAUCUCUUUAUGCUUCUGGUCGAACCACUGGAAUAGUUCUGGACUCUGGGGAUGGUGUCACACACAAUGUUCCCAUCUAUGAGGGGUAUGCUUUACCCCAUGCCAUCAUGAGGUUGGACCUAGCAGGCAGAGACCUCACUGAUUACCUCAUGAAAAUCCUCACAGAGAGAGGCUAUUCUUUUGUCACCACUGCGGAACGUGAGAUUGUGCGAGACAUAAAAGAGAAACUUUGCUAUGUGGCUUUGGAUUUUGAGAAUGAAAUGGCAACAGCUGCUUCUUCUUCCUCUCUUGAGAAGAGCUACGAACUUCCUGAUGGGCAAGUCAUCACCAUUGGCAAUGAACGAUUCCGAUGCCCAGAAACUCUCUUCCAGCCAUCCUUCAUAGGAAUGGAAUCUGCAGGUGUUCAUGAAACCACUUACAACAGCAUUAUGAAAUGUGAUAUUGACAUCCGUAAGGAUCUCUAUGCUAAUAACGUGCUCUCGGGGGGGACCACAAUGUACCCUGGUAUUGGUGAUCGCAUGCAAAAAGAGAUCACAGCUUUGGCUCCAAGUACCAUGAAAAUUAAGAUGAUUGCACCACCAGAGCGUAAAUAUUCUGUCUGGAUUGGGGGUUCAAUCUUGGCUUCCCUCUCCACCUUCCAGCAAAUGUGGAUCAGCAAAGAUGAAUAUGAAGAAGCUGGCCCCUCCAUUGUGCAUCGCAAAUGCUUCUGAGUGUGCUCAUGAUAUACCAUCACUAAUAAGUAGUCGUGUCUCUCCACGGCACAACCACCUUUGUAAGAAAUAUGUGUAUUAGGCUUUCUACCACUGCUUUUAAAAAUGCAAUAAUGGUUGUCAAGCUGAUUAGUGUAGUGCAUCCUAUUUCUGAAUGCUAAAACAAGAUUUUAAAUAUUUUAGUGUCAUAUGCCUCCCAAGAUUAAGAGCAUAGACUUGCAUAGACCUCUUUAUCCCUGGGUCUUGGACCAUUAGAUGGAUGUUCAAGAGUUAAAGCUAUCAAGGCUGCUGUGAUGUUGAUGUUGGUGUUGUUACCCUCCAUCAGUAGAUGGAGAAUCUGAACCAAACAGAAAUUAAAAUGAUUUUUCUAAAGUUCAACUGGCUGAAAAUCCUUCCCAUACAGAGGUCCAGCAGACAAUUUAUGUCCCACUUAAGCCAGGGGUAAAGGACCUAAGUGGUACAUGCGAGUUUGGUAACUUGCUUCACAGAGGUCAUUUUUAUCCACAGUAAGGGGUAUGGAGACACAAUGUAUUAUAUAUUAAAAGUGGACUGAACACAUGGUCAAUCCUAGUAGGGUAGAAAGGAUAUGCUUGAAAAAAUGUACAAUAAUUAUACUAUGUGGGAAAGUUACUACAUGGUUUCUGUUCCAUGUCCACUCCCAUACUCAGUUUCAUCUUAGAACAGCCCCUUGCUCAAUGCAAACUGACUCCAUGUUCAUUCCCAGCCAGGCAUUGUAACAAUGCCUAUUAAUGCCUAUUGCAGGCAGCUAGCUUGGGGGAGAAGUAGUUGGUUGUCUCCUUCUUACUGUGUGCAUCUACUUGUGCAAUUAGCAUGUAGCAAUUAACUGGCACAGUUUGUGCCGGAGUCAGCUGCUCCUGGGCACAGCAUCUGCAUGUGCACCUGGGAUUGCAGCAGUUUGAACUGGAGCAUAGCAUCCUGGGCUGGCAAGGGGCCCAGCAUGUUAGUCCUGGGCUCCAGGUGGCAGUGUCAGGCAGCAUAGGGGCUGCCUGGGGCAUGAGGGUGCUACAGUGUGGAGCUAGGUGGCAGGCAGCCCCUGCACUGUAGCACGUGCCUUCAUGCCCCAGCCAGCUCCGGUCACAAUCUACACGUGUUUGAGCACGCAUAAUUACUCUGCUGUAGGAUAAUACUUGUCCUGAACAGUACUAUCCUAUGGCAGAGUUCAUUUACUACACCCUAAUUCCAACAGACGUGUAGACUGUGAUGCCUUACUGUGGAGAUCAUUAGAUCAGUAAAGCACAUGUAUAGAUAGACAUGUAAAGAUACACCUAGUAAUAAUUGGGUUGUUUGUCCAUGUCCUUAGCAGUAGAUGUAGUAAAUUUAAUUGGUCCUUUUGUACAAAUGUCCUUUUUUGUGGAAUUUGCAAAGAAUCUUUUAUUUUGCUUAUGUCUGUUUGGGAGUUGCCCAUGCUAUCAGUCAGGAGCAUUGAUAAACUGCAGUAGCUUUCGUUUGUUUUAUGUGAAACAGAUUAAAAUUACCUACUACACUUCAUUCUGCUUAAAAGUCUCUCUCUCUCUCAAACAGUGAAAUGUUGUUGUUCUUGUUAUAGCAAAAAUUUAUUACUUGGUAAAUAGCUGCCCUUUCAAAUAUAUUAUCAAACUGGUCUA